GAAAUUGAAGGAUAAACCAGAAACGGGGGCACUUGUUUCGCCCACGGACGCUUUCAGCCAUCAUUCAAUGCUCUAUCAAACUCUUCCCCUUUUCUUCCCUUUGAAACCUUCAACCGCUUCCCUCACCCCUCUUUCUCUUCCUCCUUUGUUUCUGAAACUGCAGCCUCUCCUCCUCCUCUGUCUCAUCUCUUCCCUUUCUAUCCCUCGUCUUCUCAACCUCAGGUAUAUUAAUCAAAUUUUUUCUACAAUAGUAUAUUAUUAACGAAUUUACCUUCUGUUCCUUCUUUAUGAAAAUUGUUCAUUUCUAUCUCACAAAUACAAAUUGUUGGUUUUUUUAAAAACCAUGAAAAAAUCAGAAAUGGAUUGCGUCGAAGCAAGAGCAUUAAAAGGUAGUUUUCGACCAGAGUGUAUGGCGGCCUUCAUGAAAUCCUCUCAGCAACCGUUCCUUGAUGAUGUCUGGUUUGUAAAUGUGCCGAACGGAGUCUCCGGCGACGAUUUGUUUGUGGACGAACUACUGGACUUCUCCAACGACGACGUUGAAGAGGGCCCUGCUCAAGAACAGGAAGCAGAGAAGCGCUGCGCCUCUGUUUCUUCCCAAGAAGAACAACCCUUCCAAGAUAAUUCCAACGCUACCAGUUUUUCCAUUUCCGAACUCAGCGUUCCGGCGGACGAUUUAGCAGACCUGGAAUGGUUAUCUCAUUUCGUGGAGGAUUCUUUCUCGGAAUUCUCCGUAGCAUAUCCAUCCUCCUCAAGCCUCAUGGAGAAAACAGAGAAUGGAAAUCAGACCCGGCCUACACCGGAAACGGUGACGGAAACGGUGAAAACCCCUUGUUUCCCGGCACCGGUCCCGUGCAAAGCCAGGAGUAAGCGUUCCAGAACAGGCGGCCGAGUAUGGUCCCUGGGGUCGCUUUCUUUUACCGAGUCGUCCUGCACGUCUUCAUCGUCUAUUUCUUCGACGACGACUUCGUCAUCAUCUUCUUCCACAUCACCAUUUGUCUUCGUUGAAAGUGGGCAUAACAUUGACAUGUUUUACUAUCUUGGGAAACCACCGGCUAAGAAACAGAAAAAGAAGAAGAAUAAAUUGGUGGCGGAGGCCGGCGGAAGCCGCCAAGAAGAAGAAGACGAAGAUGGAGAGCCAAGGAAGUGCAGUCAUUGUCAUGUCCAGAAGACCCCUCAGUGGAGAACGGGUCCUUUGGGGGCAAAAACACUUUGUAACGCUUGUGGGGUUCGCUACAAAUCUGGUCGUUUAUUGCCAGAAUAUCGUCCGGCUUGUAGUCCUACUUUCUCCAGCGAUGUCCAUUCUAACAACCAUCGGAAAGUUUUGGAGAUGCGGCGGAAAAAAGAGAUAGAUUCGCCGGAACCAGACGUGGCUCCGGCUGUCCAAAGCUUCUGAAUUUCACGCUUUAGAGUUGAGACAAACUCCAUUAAUGGUUGCGGGAGGUGGGGGGACAUAGACCGGCAGGUAAUGUUUCCGGUUGAACCAUUCCGAGUGGGUGCAGAGGAACGGGUUCAAAUGUAAAAUUUUUAAACUUUUUGGUAGUUAGUGGGUGGGUGGGAGUAGGUUUUUGUAGCCAUGUAAUGUAAUGGCCCAACGGGCUCCAGUUUGGGUAGUUUUCGUGUUAGGAAGCUUUCUCUUCUUUCCAGAAGAGAUAAGAGUGGAAAGGUUUUUAAGGUGGCAUUUAUUUAUUUACUAUUAUUUUUCCCUCCAA